AGUAGCAGUGGCAAGUUGAUCAAAAUUGAAACAGGCGAAACGCAGCGCAUAUAAAAAUUAAGUGGUUGUUGCUUUUUGAUGAAUUUCUACCUCGCUCGCACACGCACACAAGCAGAGAGCAGCCCAAAGAGCGACAGAUAGUGGGAGAGAGAAAGAGAGAGAGAGACGGGCACCAACAACAUGGCAACAAUCUCUGCCCGCGUUGGUGGUGGUUCGGUCGCCUUCGCUCUCUCGCUCUUGGCACUCGCUCCAUCUCGUUUCUGAGGGUUUCCUGGCCGCACGGCUCGUCGUCGGCUCGCAGAUUGAAUUUUCAUUGCGAGCCGCUAGCGUCGUUUGCUGCUGCCGCUGCUGGUGUCUGUCUCUCCCUGCAACACCAACUGCCCCCCCCCUGCAGCACGCGAAUCGAAUCGAAUCCAAUCGAACGGCGGACCGUACCCAGAGCUCGAGAGUGGAGCCAAGACCCUCAAUCAGUGUGGAGCGACGCGUCUUCUUCAGUAGUGCACCGCCGCCGGCCGACGGCAGAGCCAUACACCACACACAAGAAAACAAAACAGAAACAAAAACAAAAAGCACGCACACUGAAAAAAAAACAGACUGUAAAUUUUUUUUAAGCACGAAAUUGAAAACGAAAAAUAUCAAACUCCCAAAAAAGAGUCCUUUAGUGAUCGAUCCCAAGCGCGAGUGUCCACAAAACCCAAAAACCCAAAUCCCCCCAAACACCAUCACCCCUCCAAUUGUUGUGUAAAGAAAAGUGUAGAUUCCACCCAAUGGCCCAAAAGUUCUGAGCGUGAGAGCCAUAAUGGUACUGGAGCAACGACACAAUCAAUCUUCACCCACAGCCACCCACACCGCAGCGGACACCAAAAAGUACUCCAUAAACAACAACAACAACAAUAACGACAACAAUAACAGCAACAACAUCAAUCACAAUAAUAAUAGCAGCAGCCAGGACGAGGACGAGACGGAAGUAGUGGCACCAUCGUCCCGCCAAAGGAUAAAAUCCAAUCCGUAUCCACAUCCGUAUCCCCAUUCAGGCCAUCACCAUCUGCCAUCAGCCACGUCGCCGCAACAGCAACAGCAACGGUUGAGCGGCAGCAGUCCACCCACAUCCCAUUCCCAUCCCAGGCCCAGUGUCAGUAUGCCAUCGGAGGGACUGCAUCCGACGGCCGCCCUCCAGUUGUAUGCCGCUGCCGCCCAACUAGCGCCCGGCGGUGUUCGAGUGCCGCCCUGGGGGCCCUUCCUGCAGUUCGGAGUGCCCGGCGUGUUUGGGCCAAAUGGACCGUUCCUUGGACGGCCGCGAUUCGAUGCGGCCGGCGGCGGACAUCCCACCACAGCGGCAGCUGCCGCGGCGGCCACUCAAAUGGCGGCGGUAAAUGCCAGCAAUGCCUUCGCCAAUCUCACCGGACUGAGUGCGGCGGCGCUAAGGAAUGUGAGUGCCGCCCAGACGACGGCAGUGGCCGCUGUGGCCAGCACUGUGGCGAAUAUCCAGCAUCGAUUGAUGAUCGGCAAUCGGCAGAGUCUGCCGCCGGCGGGACCACCGAGCGAGGGAUCCAACGAGGAUGGCGGUUUUCCCGGCGACGGCGAUGAUGAUAGCAGCGCCGCCAAACGCCGUCGCUCCCGCACAAAUUUCAAUUCCUGGCAGCUGGAAGAACUGGAGCGGGCCUUCUCCGCCAGCCACUAUCCGGAUAUAUUUAUGCGCGAGGCAUUGGCCAUGCGGCUGGACCUCAAGGAGUCGCGAGUUGCGGUAUGGUUCCAGAAUCGACGGGCCAAGGUGCGUAAGCGCGAGCACACCAAAAAGGGUCCCGGCCGGCCCGCCCACAAUGCCCAGCCGCAGACAUGCAGCGGCGAGCCGAUACCGCCCAACGAGCUCAAGGCCAAGGAGCGUGCCAGGCGCCGGAAGAAACUGGCCAAGGCCAUCGAUAGGCAGGCGAGGAAGCUGCAGGCCAAGGGCAUCACCGUCGACCUGGAGGCCCUCAAGGCCGAGUACAUAUCACAGCACAAGGCGAACGGCACCUUCUCGGACUCGGAUCUCGAGGACGAUGGCAUCCAGAUCGAUGUCGUCGGCGGCACCGACAGCGAUGAUGAGCUGGACAGCGAUGCCGUCAGCCCGGCCCGACACGGGCCACAGCAUGGCGGCCAGAGCCACUGCGGCUUGGACGGCGACGGUGACAGCUCGCGGGCGGGCAGCUUCAUUGGCGGCGGCGGCAGUUUGGGCAGCCCCAGCUCCGUGGCCCCCUCCACGCUGCUCUCGAACGGCGGUGGUGUCUUCGGUAAGAUGGAGCCGAUGGAUGGCGGCGAGUCAGAGGAUAGGGACAGGGAACAGGAGUCGCGCGCAUCGCCCAAAUCGCUACUCUUUCCCGCAAAGGCCUUCCAUCAACUCAACCUGCAGAACUCCCAGCUUCACGGGCACGGCCAUGGGCAUGGGCACAACCACAGUGCGGCGGCCACCGCCGCCUCGGCGGCUGCGGUGGCAGCGGCGGCCAAUCUUGUUCACCAGACCUCGCCCAUCAGCAUGCGGCGCAGCAAUCCCUUCAGCAUCGAGUCGUUGCUCUUCAACAAUACGUGAGGCAACCAAGCAGCGGAACAGGAGGUGCAGCUGAUGCUGUCGUUGGUGUUGGUGUUGCAGUUGGAGUUGGAGUUCGACCGAACCGCAUUUGCUUCUCCAUUGAUUUAUGCGUUCCUAGAGGUUUUUGCUCAGUUUUACAUCUCCAUCUAUCUGUCUAUAAGUUAAAAUCUCUCCAUCUUUCU